AUGCGUCAAUGGCCGGCCGCUAUCGUCUGCGUUCUCCUCGGAAUGGCGUGGGCGUGGUUUGUGACGCCGAUGUUGUUCGCGGACGACGACGGCGUGUACGCCACGCUGCACGUGUCGUGCGAGCACGAGCAGCCGCUGGUGCAGGUCACGCGGGACUUCCUGCCGCACGACGACCUCGCGAAGCUCCGCGCCUGCGCGGACAGGUUCUCUCAAAUGGACAACGCUCUGGACGAAGAGAACUUCGGCGGGACGUACGGACUCAUGCUCGCGUUCAACCGAGGCGGCCUCGCGGACCUCCGUCACCUCCCGCACCUGAGCUGCCUGCUGCCGUACCUGGACGCCGCGCGCAACCCCGACGCGAACACGUUCGUCAUGAACGUCCUCUCGGUGCAGCCGCGCGACUCCGCCCAGGACGACUCCCCCGCGGAGACGGCGCGCGAGGCGGAGGGCCUGGGCCCGUUCGGCGUCGGCCCGCACGUCGACAACACCGCGCGGCACUACCUGCACCCGUACCACGAGUUCGUGGCGCACCAGGUCAACGUGAUCUACCUCGAGGUGCCGAGCGACAUGGACGGCGGCGAGCUCGUCGUGUGGACCGUGGACUCGGACGAGCACGACCCACCCGCGCUGGUGCUGCCCCCCGUCAACAACACCAUGGUCGAGUUCCGCGGGGACGCCCUGCACGCGGUGCGCGCGUUCCGGUCGCCGUCCGCGUCGCGCAGGCUCGGGCUCGUGCUCGAGCAGUACAAGAUCCCGGAGGAACUGUACGAGGCCACGGCGCGCCUGCACAUCUCGCAGGCGGUGCACCACGUCCCGCCGAUGUAG